CAAAAUUGUGUUUAUUACGGAGUAGUUAUAAAUGUUUAGGUACCGUUUGGUUAGAUGAAAACCCAUCCAAGAAGAAAAAGCGAAACCGCGUUAUCUUUUCAGAGACAGAACACGUAUGUCCGAAAAUGCAGUGUGCUACUCCAGUCAUGGAGUGCAGAUUAUUCUUGGGAAUCCAUUCCACCGAGAACAAACACAAGCUUCGGCCCACCAAUCUUUCGAAUUCUUCUACAUUCAAAACCCUAUCCCGGAAAUUAAACACGAGAAUUCAUCAGCUUAAUCGAAAAGUUCAUCGGAUUUCUUACCGAAGCAGUCCCGUUAGGGGCAUAUUGAAUUUCGCUUGGUCUAGAACAUUUAGCAUGUCAUGGACCCGGGCUUCUCGGAUAAUCUCUGUUUACUUGUUCUGCCUCAAUCUUGUUGCGGAGGCUCGUGAUGAUCCAUAUUCUUCACUUGCAUAUGCUUGUGAAGAUGUUCAAAUUUAUUAUGAUGGUGUGGAGCACUUGAGAGGUGAAGCACUAAAGAAAAAAUUGAAUUCCAUCAUUGGCAAGCACCGUUCAUUGUCCUACAACAAGGUAUGGGAUGCCCUCAAGAUUCUUGAUGCAGCUGAUGUUGACAAACCGGAAGCUUCAUCAGAAAUAGUUGAAAUUUACUCCUUAAGAGCUGUCUCAAAGCACUUAGCAGGAAAACCAGAAGGAUGGAACAGGGAGCAUCUAUGGCCUAGAUCUUAUGGGUUAACUAACGGUCCAUCUUUAACUGAUUUACACAAUAUUCGCCCAGCAGAUGUGAAUGUGAAUUCAUCAAGGGGAAACAAGUACUAUGGAGAAUGCCGGAUUAAUUCGAGCCACUGUCUAAAGCCAGCAACCAAAGAAGCUGCAUCUGACACAGAAACAGACAAGAAGAGAUGGGCACCACCUGUGCAGGUUAGAGGGGAUAUUGCAAGGGCUUUAAUGUAUAUGGCAGUAUGUUAUGGGUUUCAUCCGUCAGGUGAAGGCCAUGAUCUUCACCUAUCUGAUUCUCCAAGCAUCGCAAACAAGGAGAUGGGGUUGCUUUCUACAUUGUUGAAAUGGAAUGAAAUUGAUCUGCCAUCGAGGGAGGAGAAGUUGCGAAAUGAAAGGAUAUGCAGGUUCUACCAGCACAACAGAAAUCCUUUUGUUGAUCAUCCAGAAUAUGCCAAUCUCAUAUGGGAGCAAGUUGUUCCAAGUCGUCGGGGUUCUUAUACUACAUCCCGUAAAGCAUGGAUUAAUGAAUCUCACUACCACAACAAAGGGAGAGAUCAAAAUGAGUUUGUUGAAAUAGUAGUGGGGCAGUCGACAAAUGCAGCUGAACUUGAACUUGCAUUCUACAAUGGGUCGAAUGGGAAAAUUUAUUCAUCUUUACCAUGGGCAAAUAACAAAGGUUUCCACCUAACUGAUGGUGGCUCUGGGUUUCUGAUAUAUACAGCUGCUCUCCCAAUUCAAAACGGGCCUGCUGAUGGAAUUGCUUUGCUCAGUAUAGAUGACAAUGCUGUCGAAGUGGUUGACUUUGACUCCUAUGCUGGGACAGUGAAAGCAGUUGAUGGACCAGCUAUGGGAAAUGAAUCUGUGGAUAUUGGUGUCAAAGAAACAGAGGGAUCUUCUAAGAAUGAUUCUCUGGGAUUGGCAGGAGUUCAAGUCGGUGUAUACAACUGGAAGAAGUUUGUAGGUGGAGCAUCACCUGGGAAACUUAAUGUUGGUCAGAACCUAUCCGUGCACUCAGAUGAUCAUCAAUGCGAUAGUCAGUAAACUGCAAUGGGGAAGACACCAGUAAGUUUAUAUUGAUACCAUCUUCCGACAAAACACAAGUUCAGCUGUCACUAACAAAUUUCACUAGUUCGAUUAAUUGCAAAGCUGCGCUUAUUGAAUUGAAACUACAGGGCCGUCAAGCUAACUUUGCAGGUGAAGUAUAUCUAGUUAUGAAAACCUUCUUGUAGACUUUUAACUUUGUCAAGGCAGUUAAAUGGUUUAUGAUUUUAUUGCCAAAUGGGACACGCACACUGAGACAGUCCAAGAGUAACAUGCAAGUGUAUAACCCACUGAUAUAGGGAUCAGAAAAAAGGACAGCUUUUCAAUGUGCUGCCAGUGUUUAUUUACUUUUAAACUCUUGUUGAGCUGUCCCAGCGAGUUAGCUUCAUACUUUUAAUACAAUCAAGAAUUUGACAA